GUGACGUCAUGGGCGGGGUGGAAGCAAACAUGGCUGACAUGUUUAGCUGCUGUAUGAGCGCCCAAGAGAUGGAGGAACGAAACAGAAGCAAGCGGAUUGAUAAAAUGCUUUCAAAAGAGAAGUCGUUACAUCGUAGACAAGUCAAAGUAUUACUGUUAGGAUCUGGUGAGAGCGGAAAGAGUACGUUCUUAAAACAGAUGCGAAUUAUACACGGACACGAUUUUGAUGAGGAACAGAUAGCAGAGUUCCGAAGCAUCAUUUAUACAAACGUGAUCAAAGGCAGUAUGGUACUGUGUGACGCACGGCAAAAACUUGGUAUUGCGUGGGAACACCCCGAUAACGAGAACAACUCGAGAUUUUUGUUCAAGUAUAAUAGUGGCAUGUCGUUAGAUGCGACUGUUUUUGCUGACUUUGCGACUGUUGCGAAGCACCUAUGGCAAGACAAGGGGAUUCAGGAGGCGUUUGAUAGGAGAAAUGAAUACCAGCUGGGAGACUCAAUUAGUUACUUUCUUGAUGAAUUAGAAAGAAUAGGAAAGUCCAACUAUAUGCCAACAAAGCAAGACAUCCUGCAUGCACGAAAGGCUACAAAAGGAGUAACGGAAUAUGUGAUAAAUAUCAAGGGGAUUCCAUUCAGAUUUGUGGACGUCGGUGGUCAAAGGUCACAGAGGCAAAAGUGGUUUCAGUGCUUUGAAUCAGUGACAUCGAUCCUUUUUCUAGUGGCUUCCAGUGAAUUCGACCAAGUGCUGUUGGAAGACCGUGUCACCAAUCGUCUAAUUGAAUCGCGCAACAUAUUCGAAACAAUCGUCAAUAAUAAGUGCUUCACGAAUGUGUCAGUGAUUUUGUUUUUAAACAAGCAAGAUUUGCUAGAGUCGAAAGUACAGAAAGUUGCGAUAUCAGACUACUAUCCUGAAUUUGAAGGCGAUCCUCAUAAUUUAAGAGACGUUCAGGUGUUCAUUAGGAAUAUGUUCGACUCCGCACGUCGUGAGAGAAAUAAACCACUCUUCCACUAUUUCACGACGGCUGUUGACACUGAAAAUAUCAAGUUUGUGUUUCAAGCCGUCAAAGACACGAUCUUACAAGACAAUCUGAAAGCACUCAUGCUGCAAUAGCCUCUUGACUGUGUUGUGAGAGAAACUCAAGGCUGCCUUAUAAACACUUUGUGUUAAAGACGAAUGUACCAUUCAUGUAACAUAGCAACUCUACCCAGUGAUUUCUGGAGCUUACACACUCCUAUAAUGUUGCUCAUCUGUAGGUAAAUACCUUUUUUCUAAAGGCAGCUUUUGGAUGUAUAGGUGAUAUCUAGCUAUUUACCACCCCACAUCUAUACCUAGCACCAUAUACUGCAAAUCUAACAAGCAAAAUACAUUAAGAUUACAAGAUUCAGACCUUCGCUAUUCAUUGACACCUAGUAUUUUGGUAUUAGUGUAUCCUCACCUGCCUAUACACCAUGUGACCCCGUUAUACACUAUCCAUAUGUUGUACACACCAUGUACUGCUUCUUUCUAGUGUUAUUAUUCUGUUUCUUGAGUUGUGCUCAUUGGCGGCUGUGCCAGCAUGAGUUGUUGGCCAGUUUCUUGGUAUGUAAAAAAGUCAACCAAGUUAUCAUCCAAAGAUAAUCAAGUAUUGAAUUUUAACUUCUUCUCCAAAUAGCCAUCUAUUAUGAACAAGUGUGGACACUGUUGUCGAAUUUUAUCGAAAUGUUUUUUAUGGAAAAUCACUUGUAUUUUUUGACAAUAGGUAAAAUGAUGAUUUUAUAAAUAAAAUGUGGAGAAAUAGUUUUUAGUCUCAUGUAUCAAGCUGUAGAUCUGAACUGUGCUUGAGGAGGUGUUGCUCCUGUACACUCAGUCUUUAGAAGAAACCGUUAGUUGGAUUAUCAGAUACGUUAGUUUAUCGCUUUCCGUGAGAAGAGAAAAGACUUUUAUCAUUUCAUUAACCAUGUGUUCAGAAUUUGAAUGCAAAUUCCUGAUUGACAGUUGACUUGAUAUAUUUGUCACAUUGUGUGUGACAAUGUUUAGCGACAAUACAGUUUACGUUAAGGGAUGUAGGAAUCAAACCUAUACACCUAGGCAUAUACAUCCUGUGUGUACGUUAUCGUGCAUACUGACUUGGAUAACAAUAGAUUUACCCAUGGUCAUUAUUCUACCUGAGCUUCAACAGCUUUCUAAACUUUACAGAGUGGCUACGUGUACGAGUACUGUCUGACUCAGCUCACGGGCAACAGGUAUGGUCAAGCAUUUCACAUGAGAUCAUGCGACAAUCCUUGUGUACGUAUGGCCUGCGCACCGAAAAAUGGCAUGAAAUGUUGGUUAAGUUAAGUACUCUGUAGUGUUUUUACAUAGUAUACGGGUAGGGAAGCCGUGUUACGACACCUGAAGUCUUAUUUGUGUGGCAUCUUCCUUACACAUGCGCCUCAGCGUUCAGUUCUUAUGUGGCACAUAAGGUUCUUAUAUGUAUAAGAAAGGAUUUCUAGUGGCAUCAAUGACUGAGCAGUUACUGGUGUUUCCUGUUACCUAGGCAAGCCGGGUUUAAACCUCAGACAUAUUUGCUUUACUUUUUUACUAGUGUAUUUUACAUGUUUAUAUUAUAAUUAACGCAAGGUAUUCCUAUAUUUGAGGACAGAUAUAUACAUGUAGAUUUUCCACUUUGCAUUGGUAUUUUAAUUAAGAGAAUUCAGAUAAAAAAUAAAUCAAAAUAAUAAAAUUAAUAAUAUACUUCAAGUUCUACAUAUAGCUGUCCAUUAGAAAGUGUAGAGACAGAGUACGAGUCUGAGUUCAUUUAUUCCUGUAUGUAUCAUGAGAUCGUGUAUGAAAUGCAUGAGAUGCAUAGCCUGCGAGCUGAGGUGUACCGUAACUGUACUCAUAGCCACGGCCAAACUUUUAUGUAUUCAGUGUAGUACCCGGUAUGGUUUAUCCCAGGGUAGGUUGUUUGCAUCAAAGGAAAUACAAAGAUUUGAGUGAGCAUAUUUUGGCAAAUUUCAAUGUCUUUCCUGAUAAAUCAUGUAUAAUGUAGCUCUGUGUCCCUGGUUUGCACAUUCCUGGACCCGAUUGCACUAAGGAAAUAGUCAUGUACGCAGUCAUUAUUGUGCAUGCCUGUGUAGUUACAUAAUAUAUGAGUUAUGGUUGUAAUGCUAGAUUUUGCUAGCUAAUGCUUGUUGUGUAAAUGAAAUUUUGUUACGUGUAUAAGAAUAAAAUAAGUUUUUAAGAUAUAUAAAUAAAGUUAAUGUCUUUACAGAAUAACUUGA